AUGGACUCUUCUUUGACGGGCAAACAAUUCCAAGAUGUGGAGAGGCUUGAAAAGUUCAAUGGGAUGAACUACAAGCGUUGGAGUAUGAAGAUGAUGUAUCAAUUGACGAUUGCGAAAGUUUACUAUGUCUUGACUUGUUCAUAUCCACAAGAUGGAAAAGCAGAUGGGCAGCUUUCGGACUCGCAACAAAAAUGGCUUGAAGAUAAUUUUGUGUGCCGCUCAAUGAUCCUGAAUGCAAUGAGUAAUGCCCUCUUCAGUGUGUUUCACAAGUGCUACCCUUCAUAUGAGUUGUGGGCUGCCAUCUCGCGAAGGUAUGUAACAGAAGAUGCUGGAAAUAGAUCCUUCUUAAUUAACAAGUAUAUUGAUUUUAAGAUGGAUGAUUCCAAACCUUUUAUUGAUCAAGUAAAUGAAUUAAAUAAAAUUGCCUCUCAAUGUGCUGAUGUGGGUGAGUCAAUUACUGAGAUUUUUCAAGUUUCUACUAUUAUUGGUAAACUUCCUCCUUCUUGGAAAGAUUAUCAGAUGAAAUUAAAGCACAAGACUAAGUCUCUAAAUUUGGAUCAAUUACUUCAGCAUAUUCAAAUUGAGUAUGAGGCUAGAAAUAGAGAUUUGCUUGUUUAUAAUGGAAAGGAUAAAGUGCAUAAUAUUGAAAAUUCCACAUCCUCCUAA